CUUUAAAAAGUGAAGCGAAAGUGGACGGACGCGCGCGCUCAGUCACUGCCAAGUGCAUUUAUUCCUUUUGUUUCAAAAGAAAUGUUAUUUAAAUUUAGAUUUUAUUUUGUUUAAUAUAAUUGGUGCAAUUUAGUGCAAUAUAUGCUAGGUAAUUUGCUUGUGAAAAAAUAAGGAACACGCCACGCCACAAGAGAGUUGCUGUGAAGUUUGCUGCUGCGAACACGAACGCGAAGACAAAGAAAACGAGAAGAACUUCGUCCAGUCACGGAAAGACGGAAAGACCUCCUCAUUCCGAAGGUGACUCAUUGCCAAUAUCACUGCCAAUUGGAGAUUGAAACUGUCAGAACAAUUCGAUCAAUUCGACUCGCCGUCCUUCACAUCGCCUUCACACCAUAUAAGCGCUUCCAAGAUGCAGCCUUCGAGGCGGGAAAUCGGAAUGCUCCAAAAGCAUCGCGAACACAUAAUCAAGCACCUCGACGAGCUGGUGAAAUGCACCAACUACAGGCGCACCAGGGAGGAGUGCGUGCGCAUAAACCUGUUGUCGACCCGCAUGCUGCGAAAUGUCGAAGACCUGAGCGGCGCAGGUUUUAACAUGAGCAAAGAGGACAGCCUGCUGGAGCAGCACAGGCGGCUGCUAAUCAAGAUCACCAAGCGCGGUCCAGCGGCCUACAACCAGCUCAUUACUGCGCUGCGGAAUGUGGGGAGUCUGCAGGCAGUGAAGCUGCUGGAAGAUGUCUCCGAACAGAACUCUGGCUCCCCCUUCAUAUCCAUCAACGAGCGGAAGACUACACGCAAGUCGGCGGACCUAGUGGAUACACCAUCGCCGACGGCAACUGCGGCGGCGAGUGAAGGUGCAUGUGUCAGCAAGAGGGAAUACAAUGUAGCGGGUGGGCCGCUUGUACCCUACAUGGAGCCUGUGGGUGGAAAAAAGCGUGAUGUCAAGAAGUCGGACAGAAUCCACAGCGACGAAGUGGUCGGCACGUACAACAUGCAGUCGCAGCAUCAUCGGGGCGUGCUCUUCCAGAUCAAUAUCAUAGACUUUUCGGACACAGAGCGCAAGAGGAACGGCGCCGAAGUGGACAGCGAUUCGCUGAUCCAUCUGUUCAGGGAAAUGGGCUUCACGAUAUUCGCCUACAACAACAUGAACCAGGAAGAGUUCUUCGAAACUCUCGGCAAGGUUACCUCCUCGAAGUAUGCACAGCAGACCGAGUGCUUUGUCAUGGUGCUGAUGACGCACGGCGAGCGUGUCGGGGAAAUGGAUAAAGUGGAGUUUAGCGAUGGGUCGGUGGUGGAUGUGCAAAAGAUCAAGAGCUACUUCCAGGCCAGUGUGAGCCCGUAUUUGGUGCACAAGCCAAAGGUGCUGAUAUUUCCGUUUUGUCGCGGCAGAGAACCUGACCUAGGGCAGCCCAUGAAUCACUUUGACUCCAUAGGCACGGCGGCUGCUCGGCUGGAGGAGACUGUUGUCGAGACCGAGGGCAGACCCUCCACCUACACGAAUGUCCCAUCCCUCUCGGACAUGCUGGUCUGCUAUGCCAGCACCCCAGGCUAUGUGACCCAUCGCGAUGCCGAGUCGGGCAGCUGGUACAUACAGAAAUUCUGCGACAUGAUGGCCGACCAUGCACACAACACGCCCGUGGAGGAUAUUCUAAAGAAGACCAACGAGCGUGUGGGCACCAUGAGAACCAGCAAGGGCUCCAUGCAGACGGGCUCCUUCGAUAAUCUCGGCUUCAACAAGAAACUUUACUUCAAUCCAGGCUUCUACACGGAAUAGCCACUGACAAUUGCAUAUAAUGAAAGCAUUCCCUGACUGAAUAUUUGCAUUUUUACGUAUUUCUAUGUAAGUUUUCGUCGCAUUUAUGUAUUUUAGAUUAUGUGUCUUGUGCUCUCUAUCGUGUGCUAUAAGUAUGUACUCCUCCCCUUUUAUGUAUUAUGUCCCCCCUGUCCCACUAUGUCAAAAUACUCAGCCUUUUGCUUCGAAUGUACCUCCCACGUAGGGGUAUGUAUGGGAAUUUCUCGUGAUAGCUAUGAUUUAUCAUAAAGUAUGACAAUUUUAGAUACAUUUUUACACCCCACUCAAUUGAUUAUACAUUCAGCAUAAUAAAUUUGAUCGAUUACCAUAA